AUGGCGGACACUGUUAUCCAGCCCCAACACGAGGAGGUCAAUGCCGGAAACAUGGAACUCAAGGACAACACCGUCAUCGUUGUUCUGGGUGCCUCCGGUGAUUUGGCAAAGAAGAAGACCUUCCCGGCACUCUUCGGUCUCCACCGGAACAACUUCCUCCCAAAAAACAUCCGCAUCGUCGGCUAUGCGCGUACAAAGAUGGACCACGAGGAGUACCUCAAGCGCGUCAAGUCUUACAUCAAGACACCCACAAAGGAACUAGAGAAGCAGCUGGAGGAGUUCUGCGGCUUCUGCACAUACGUCUCCGGCCAGUAUGACCAGGACGACUCCUUCAUUGCGCUCGAGAAGCACAUGCAGGAGAUUGAGAAGGGCCGCAAGGAGACCAACAGGAUAUUCUACAUGGCCCUUCCUCCCAGCGUCUUUAUCGCAGUUUCCCAGCAUCUCAAGCGCAACUGCUACCCGAAGAACGGCAUUGCUCGCGUUAUUGUCGAGAAGCCCUUCGGUAAGGACCUGCCCAGUUCGCGCGAACUACAGCGCGCAUUGGCCCCAGAUUGGAACGAAGAUGAGCUGUACCGAAUUGACCAUUACUUGGGUAAGGAGAUGGUGAAGAACAUUCUCAUUCUCCGAUUCGGUAACGAAUUCUUCGGCGCAACCUGGAACAGGAACCACAUCGACAACGUUCAGAUUACCUUCAAGGAGCCUUUUGGAACAGAAGGACGAGGAGGUUACUUUGACGAGUUUGGCAUCAUCCGUGACGUCAUGCAGAACCAUUUGCUGCAAGUGCUUACCCUGCUCGCCAUGGAACGACCCAUCUCCUUCUCCGCCGAAGACAUCCGCGAUGAGAAGGUCCGCGUUCUCCGUGGCAUGGCCGCUAUCGAGCCAAAGAACGUCAUCAUUGGACAGUAUGGAAAGUCGCUGGACGGCCAGAAGCCAGGAUACAAGGAGGACGACACAGUGCCCAAGGAUUCCCGAUGCCCCACUUUCGCCUCUAUGGUCGCCUACAUCAAGAACGAGAGGUGGGACGGAGUGCCCUUCAUCAUGAAGGCGGGCAAGGCUCUCAACGAGCAGAAGACCGAGGUCCGCAUUCAAUUCAAGGAUGUCACAUCGGGAAUUUUCAAGGACAUUCCACGAAACGAGCUCGUGAUCCGAGUGCAGCCUAACGAGAGUGUUUAUAUCAAGAUGAACUCCAAGCUGCCCGGUCUUAGCAUGCAAACGGUCGUCACAGAGCUCGACCUUACCUACAGGCGGCGAUUCUCUGACCUCAAGAUCCCUGAGGCAUAUGAAUCGCUCAUUCUUGACGCGCUCAAGGGCGACCACUCCAACUUUGUCCGUGACGACGAACUCGACGCUAGCUGGAGGAUCUUUACACCUCUGCUGCACUACCUAGAUGACAACAAGGAGAUCAUCCCUAUGGAGUACCCAUAUGGCUCCCGCGGCCCUGCCGUAUUGGAUGACUUCACUUCUUCGUACGGAUACAAGUUCAGCGAUGCAGCAGGCUACCAAUGGCCAAUGAACGAGCAGAAGUUGUAGAAUGUCUGGGCAGGUCUACACUUGGUGCCGCUGAACAUAGGUUCUGAGGUGUUUUGAGCGGGUUUUCUCUGGCACAUGCAAGCAAGUGAAUAGAUAAUGAAUAAAUGGGCAUCUUCGCA